GAAUUUUAUGUUAUUUUCCCCUCAUGUUUACACAUUUGUUGAGUUGUCAGAGCGCGCUGCAUUUUGGUUAACUCCAGCGGGCGCAAACAGUUUGCAGUCAAACGCUUGAAGCCGGUCGAAGACGUGACAUCAUCCAGCGAGUGUUAUUUUACUAGUGUAAACGUGCAACGCGUAGUGAAUUCGUGGCGUAAAAGCGCAAAAUUUUAGCGAAUUUUAAAGUGUUAACCACAAAAGUAAAUUCAUCAAAUUUUCUUUAAAAUUAUUACUAUAUUAUUAGUAAUUAAAAUUUACGUCCAAACUCGCUUUUAACGGUACUUAGACGCUUGUGUUUACGUCAAUAAAUUGAAGUUGAAUUUUUCGCAAAAAAAUCUUUUUUAUCACAAGGCGACCGUGUACGAGUGCGAGUAGCUCAAUAGAUAAGCAUUGUUUGUGCGAUUUUCGUGGAGCGUGUUUAACAAAUUGUGUUUGCAAACAAAUAAAUCAGCAAGUUAAUCCUCAAAUCACCUAAAUGCGAAUCUAAGGAAAUUUGUAGUUGAAAACAAAACGGUGAAAAAUUUUUUGUUUACAUGUUGUUAGUGCAAAUUUAAAUCAUUAUAAAAACACAGAGAAAAACAAAUUUAGUAAAUUAAAAAUAAAAUAUAUUUGAUAAUAAAUUUUACUGAAAAUCUGCCGUGUUAUCAAAAAGCAAACUUUUGGUGAUAAAGAAAAAGAUUUCAGGCGACUUGAAGAAAGACAAAUUGCAUUUGGCGAUAUCUUAAGACACCUGUAAACAAAUCCUGCGCUAUCUAUCUGGUUUACGACAGCAUCAAAAAAAUUGCGAAUUUGAUUUUAAUUUAAUAUAGAUUUUAAAAAAUUGAAAACAACACAAAAAUAAACAAAAUGGGCGAACGACGUGGUACAAAAGCUUUGGAAUUAUGGUGCAGACGUAUGACCGAGGGCUAUCCAGGUGUCAAAAUCGAUAAUAUGACCACAUCAUGGCGAGAUGGUUUGGCAUUUUGCGCUAUGAUACAUCACUUCCGCCCAGAUUUAAUUGAAUUUGACAAACUCAACAAAGCCGAUGUGUAUUACAAUAAUGAAUUGGCCUUUACUACUGCGGAGAAAUAUUUGGGAAUCCCUGCCUUAUUGGAUGCUGUCGAUAUGGCUACCUAUGAAGUGCCAGACAGAUUAUCAAUACUCACUUAUCUGUCACAAUUUUAUCAAGUUUUUGCCGCACAAGAUUCCCCCAACAGACUGAAACGUCCUUCACCAGCAGCAUCUGCGGAAAAGACGCAAAUCACGAAGGCCGCCGGACCACCGCCAAAAGACGAGAAAACUCUGGACAUUAUUGGACAAUAUAAACCUGAGAUAUUCUGCUAAAUACAAAUAGGACCAAACAAACAAAAAAAAAAGCGCUCAGUUGUUUAUUUUGAGUUUCAACACACACAUUGCAAAAGUGCACACAU